AUGAUCCUCACAAACAUACUCGGCCGGAACGAGAAGUGGGCGGAAGCGAUGAAUGACGCCACGAAAGGCCAGUUCUUCCCCAAGUCUGCAGAGGGUCAAUCGCCCAAGGUGCUCUGGAUCGGCUGCGCCGACUCUCGAGUCCCAGAGUCCGUCGUCACCAACUCGUAUCCCGGCGAUAUCUUCACGCACCGCAAUAUUGCAAACCAGUUCCAUCCGACCGACGACAGCGCGGUCUCCGUGCUGACCUACGCCGUCGAGCACGUCAAGGUCGAGCACGUCAUCCUCGUCGGCCACACCAACUGCGGCGGGGCCGCAGCCUGCGUCAAAGCCGCAGAGGCCGCCCAGUCCGAGCCCACGUCGGCCCUCGACCGCUGGCUUGGCCCCUUGACCGAGCUCGCGCGGACCACGACCCCAGAGGGCGACCUCACAGCGCUCGUCGAGGCGAACGUGCGCGUGCAGGUGAGCAACAUCCUGGCGUCGGAUGUGCUCGAGCGCGAGUGGAAGCUGCGGGACGUGCACGUGCACGGGUGGGUGUACGAGCUCGAGACGGGGAAGCUGCGUGACUUGGGAAUCAGUGCGGGGCGGAACGGGCCGUUGCAGUACUGA